AUAUUUUCCGUCUUGGAAUCUUAAGUGGGUAGGUGGCGGCGUGGGGCGUUAGAAGAAUGAAACCAGCGGGUAGAAGGAGGUAAAAUUUUCUGCAUCACACUGAAACAGAGUAGCAGAAACAUUGUUUUUCCUCAAAUCAACCAAAACCCACAUCCCAUCUGUUCUCAAAAUCUUGACUGUAUCAGACAAUGGAGCAAGUAGAAAACAAGCAAGUGAUACUCAAGAGGUAUGCGGUGGAAGCACCAAAAGAGACAGACAUGGAAAUCAAGAUUGGGAAAGUGAAGCUCAAGGCACCAAAAGGUUCUGGUGCUUUUCUUGUCAAGAAUCUGUAUUUGUCUUGUGACCCUUACAUGAGGGGCCGCAUGCGUGACUUCCAUGGCUCUUAUAUUUCCCCUUUUGUUCCUGGUCAGCCCAUUCAAGGAUUUGGUGUGGCAAAAGUAGUUGACUCUGAUAACCCAGACUUCAAGCCGGGAGAUAUGGUUGCAGGAAUAACUGGGUGGGAAGAAUAUAGCUUGAUUGACAAAACAUUGCAGCUCAGAAAAAUCCAGCCAGAUAGUGAUAUCCCUCUAUCAUACCAUGUGGGUCUUCUUGGUAUGCCAGGUUUUACCGCUUAUGCAGGAUUCUAUGAAGUCUGUUCUCCCAAGAAGGGUGAACAUGUUUUUGUCUCUGCAGCCUCAGGAGCUGUAGGUCAGCUUGUUGGGCAACUUGCUAAGUUGCAUGGCUGCUACGUGGUUGGAAGUGCUGGGAGUAGUGAAAAGGUUGAUCUUCUAAAGAAUAAGCUGGGAUUUGAUGAAGCCUUCAACUACAAAGAGGAGACAGACCUUGAUGCUGCCUUGAAACGGUUAAACAUUUUAGAUCUCAUCUUAGGAGUGGGAUUAUAUAUGAAGUUUUCCAUUUCAUCAGAGCUUUGGGCACAAUCAACCAUAACGAAGGGAGUGUACUUCCCUGAAGGCAUUGACAUCUACUUUGACAAUGUUGGCGGGCCCAUGCUUGAUGCAGCAUUGCUGAACAUGCGUGUUCAUGGUCGUAUAGCAGUUUGCGGAAUGGUGUCUCAGCAUGGAUUUUAUGAUCCCCAAGGGAUCCACAAUUUGUACUUCAUGAUACCAAAACGUGUUAGAAUGCAAGCAUUCUUGCAAACUGAUUACUUGCAUAAGUACGCGGAGUUCUUGGACCAUGUAAUUCGGAACUACAAGGAAGGGAAAAUUGUGUACGUUGAAGAUAUGAAUGAGGGUCUGGAAAGUGCUCCAGCCGCUUUUGUUGGUCUGUUUUCUGGGAAGAACGUCGGUAAGCAGGUUGUAUGUGUUGCCCAAGAAUGAUUCUAUUUUAACAUGAUGUUCGCUAAUAAAAUUUGAAAAUACUAAAUCUCUCCUGACCUCGAGAGUUUUCAUAUAUCGUGUGGUUAUACCACUGAGAUAUGUAGCAAAUCAAUAACAAUUUAGCAUUUCAAUGACAAUAAGGUGUUAUUACAUUG